AUGCGCUGCAGCAAUUCGAAACGCACCGCUGAAGGGGGGGCCUCAGCGCAUGGAUGUGCGUUAGGACUCAGGAGCACGGGCCGACGGGCCCAAGCAAGGCGCGGGCAGACAGACAGACAUAAAGAUGCAGCAGAUAUCAACAAACAAGGCGCGAAUUUGGCGACUCGAUGGGCGGCGGCGGUUGGACGAGGGGAGCAACAAGCUCGGCACCUCAAACGCCAAGUCGAAAGGACGACUCCCACUCGGCGCGCGGGGACUAGGCAACUUGGGGCUACCGGGGAGAGUCGUCCGGGGAGCCCCGGCCUGGACAGAGCCGCCCGCCGUGGAAGGACAUGGUGA